GUAGAAGAAGAAGAAGCUCCGUUUGUAGCGGCAAUGAAAGGACAGCGUGCCACAACUAAUUUAAGUUAAACAUAAGUUGAGUGUAUAUUUGCUUCCCUAGAUAACAAAAUCCAAGACGAGUUUUGUUUCAUCUUCAGCAUACACUCGUAGGACUGCGUCGGGAAGAUGUCCUUGUUUUGUGCAAGUAAGUGAAGUUGACUCCAUUCAUAUGACGGAGGUGUUGUACGUUAGCUAGUCACCGCGCUAAUGCUGCUAGCUAAUUUAGCUAACGUUAGCGGCCAUGCAGCGCCGCCUCCUACACGACGUGACCGCGUAGUCUUUCUGGUAAUGAAGUAGGUGCAAACUUUUAACAUGUUCUUGCAUUUUGACCAGUUUCCAACGAGGUACCGGAGCACCCGUGCGUCUCCCCGGUGUCUAACCAGGUGUUUGAGCGCAGGCUGAUCGAGAAGUACAUCGCAGAGAAUGGGACGGAUCCGAUGAACGGACAGCCUCUGUCUGAGGAGCAACUCGUAGAUAUCAAAGGUAAAAACGAAACUACAACAGAUUUUAUUAUAGAAACGCCCUCUUAACUUGUGACCAAAUAUGAAUGCAGUCUUAUUCUGAAACACACAUAUCUCUGUGAUACCUGCAUUUAACUGCAAGAAAAGCUUUCCAAACUCCAUGAAAGUAACACUGAUACCUGUGUGCGUCAAUGUAUUAGUAAUAGUAAGAAGGUGCACAGAGUGUGAUUUCUGUUGUUAGAGGCCUUCUAUAAUAACCACUAAUUUUGUAGUAAUUUGUGUUUGAAUAAAAAUAUAAAGGGAUACAGCUCUGUUACUGUUUUUAAAGUAAGUAAAAAUCUUAUUGAGAUGGGUGUUGAUGUGAACAAAUGAGGAGUGAUUAAUUCUUAACAUAUUUCCUCACUAGUGUGGGUACCUGUCAUUACCAGGUUGGUUGGGCUCAGUAAUUAAACCAUCUCAUGGUUGGAGGUAAAUCCCAGGCCCAGCUGCCCUUAGAAAUCAGAACCAGAAUCAGCUUCAUUUACCGAGUACGUGUACACACAUAAGGAAUUAGGGGUGGGAGAAGAAAUCGAUUCACAUAAUGAUCACGAUUUUUUGUUUUACAAUUUUUAAAUCGAUUUUUUUUCAAGAAUAAGUCUUAAAAACUGACUAACGUGAUGUGUAUUUUUUGGGGGGAAUAUGUUUCCUGGAAUAGUCAGUAGACAAUUGUAAUCAUUCAACUGUUUCACUGGUGUUAAAAAUGCAAACUUAAGGUGAUGGCGAAUUGGUACACCUUUUGCUUUCUCAAAAGAAAAAGAUACGUAGCACAUGGGUGCAUCCAAUACUACAAAAAAGAAGAGAACCUGGUGAGUUUCACUGCUUGGUUCAGGAGUUGAAACUGUACCACGGUAGCUUCAGAACCUGUUUUAAGAUGUCCGAUGGACAAUUUGAAGUUCUGCUGAAACGAUUUGCUCCAAGUUUGAAGAGGCAAAGGACUAGACACUAGUGUUGAGAUGGCUUUCUGUCAUGAUAGCAUGUACUGAGUCAGGGCCAGUACCAGAUAAGCACAUGAAACUAUGGUAACAACCGUUAGCUUACAUUAGCACAGAUGAUAGUUAAAACAAAGAUGUUUAGCAAACUGUUAAAGCACACAAAACAUCGUCAUAUCAGAAAUCUGACGCUAUGACUCCACAAGUUGUCCUUCAGGUUGUUAUCUUUGUAAUGUGCCCAACAUCAGCCGAUCGGCCAUGUUGGAUAUACAGGUGAAUCUGCCGUCGCAACAACACGAAAUCUGAUUGGUCAGAAGUGGACACACAGUAUGCGAAACUUCAGAAAAAUUGACCGUGAUACGAAAAAAAAAAUGCUGUGAUAUUGCAGGACGAGAAAACGUCGCUGAUGUGAAUGCUUCUAUUGACAGGAUACGCGUUAAUAAUAAAUAAUAUUAAUAAUAAUAAUACAUUUUAUCUGUAGUGCUCUUUACAUCAAGCGACCUCAAAGGGCUACAUCUUAAAAGCAAAGAAAUUUGAUUCCAGUAUACUGAUGCUGAAGUGUGUCAGGCUAGAAACUUCUCCUGUAGGUGUGAAUGGGAUAAGAUGAUACUGGGGCUUUAUGCUUGUGCCAUCAGUGUAUAAAUGUGGUGUGUGUAGGUGAAUGUAAUGGAAAAGCCCUUUGAGUGUUUAGAAGAAGAUGGGAGACUAAAAUAUCAUCACAGUCUGUUUUAUCAUUUGCCUGCUAUGAAUGCUUUGAUGAGGCUGCUUAUUCCCAGUGUGUGCAAUUUUUAUCUCCUAGUGUCCCAUCCCAUUAGACCAAAGGCCCCAUCGGCUACAAGCAUCCCUGCUAUUCUGAAGUCUCUUCAAGAUGAGUGGGUAAGUGUUGUUUACAUCGAGGAGGUAGCAAAAGAGAAAUGCUCAACAAAGCACCUUUUUAAUAUUAUAGUGAUACCCCCUAAAGCUUGUUAAAGUUCUAGGUGACUACUUUUCUUUUUUACCUUGAUUUAUUUUUAAAUAAUAGUCAUUACAACUAAAAUGAAGUAUGAUCAUGUUUUUAAAUUUUGUAUACCAGAGUUAAGCGCAUAAUCUACCAUUGCCCCUUUUCGUGACACAUAAAAUGCCCCAAAAAUCACUUUGUGAAGAGUUAACCAUGGCAAUAGAGCCUUCAACAGUUUAGCAUUGCCCUUUUUGUUUGGGAAAAUUCCAGUUUUUCAGUAUGAAGAGAGUUUUACUAUCUCAUUUUCCUCAUUUUUUCUGCUUCAGGAUGCUGUUAUGCUUCAUAGCUUCACUCUGCGGCAGCAGCUGCAGACUACCCGUCAAGAGCUGUCACAUGCCCUCUACCAACAUGAUGCUGCCUGCAGAGUCAUUGCUCGACUUACCAAAGAGGUCACUGCUGCGAGAGAAGGUGGGUCAAAAGCAGUUUCUGUGUCUUCUGUUGCGGGAACAAGUCAAAUCCACAUUAAAAAGCUUUUAUAUGGUCGAUGCUUUUAAGAAUUUCUUACGACAUAACAAAAGCAUGUUUUGUGAGAUUCUGUUUUUAGAGAUUCUGUUUCUCUUUCACAGCUCUUGCCACACUCAAGCCCCAAGCUGGACUGGUGGCCCCUCAGGCGGUCCCUGCUUCUCAACCAGCUGCAGCUGUGAGUGAUAGACUUUUGGUCCUAGUCAACAAGAAACUGAUAGGUGAAGCUCUUCAUAGAUCUUUUACAGUACUCUAACUUUUUUGGUGUCUGCCUCUUAUAACUCAGGGUGCUGGUGGAGAACCUAUGGAGAUAAGUGAACAGGUCGGAAUGACCCCAGAGAUCAUCCAGAAGGUGAGAUCUGCUUUUCUUUCCUUUUCUUUUUGAUAGCAAUAUCUGGCUGUUAACUUUUGACUUUUUCAUCAAAAAUAAACAUGUUUCCUUUUUCCUGUUUGCAGCUCCAAGACAAAGCUACUAUCCUCACCACAGAGAGAAAGAAGGUAUUAUUUGUCUUUUUUAUCAACUACAAUGCAGUAUUUUUUCGUGAAAAGUCUUCAUGUUGUGUAAAUAUUACCUCAUACAGUAUUCUGGCCCAGUUCUUAAUGCCUUGAUUCAUUUUCAGAGGGGAAAAACUGUCCCAGAGGAGCUGGUUAGAGCUGAAGAUCUCAGCAAAUACCGUCAAGUGGCUUCACAUGCUGUGAGUAUCGCUCUCUGAGUAAAGUUUGUUCCCCAAUAUCACAUGGCACGAGCAACUUUAAGUUUACAGAGUACACACUGUGAUCGUGAUCUGUCUCUGUUGCUUCAGGGACUUCAUAGCGCCAGUGUUCCUGGUAUUUUGGCCCUGGACCUGUGUCCCUCAGACACCAGCAAAGUUCUCACUGGUAUAUUGCUUUCACUUUAAGUUCAGCUCAAUUUUGAAUUUUCCAAGGUUUUGCAGGUUGAUUUAAGAUGUUUUAUUGAAUACAGACUGAUUUGUGUUCUUCAGGUGGAGCUGAUAAGAAUGUUGUGGUGUUUGACAAGAAUGAGGAACAGAUUGUGGCAACACUCAAGGGUCACACCAAGAAAGUUACCUCUGUCAUUUACCAUCCAUCCCAGGUAAAGUUUUGAACAUCAGCGAGUCUAAUAAGUGGUGUUCAGAAUACUCAGUUAAAUGUUAUGAGUGAUUCCUAUUUUUGAUAUUUUUUUUGAUCUGUUGCCAACUCUCACUUUUGCUUCUAGUCUGUGGUCUUCUCUGCAUCUCAAGACAACACCAUCCGCGUGUGGUCCGUCACUGGGGGUAACUGUGUCCAGGUGGUUCGUGCCCAUGAGGGGGGUGUCACUGGACUCUCUCUCCAUGCUACUGGGGACUACCUGCUGAGCUCGUCUGAGGAUCAGGUGUGGAAAAACAUUUGCUUACCAUGUACCUUGUAAUUAAUAUUGACACUUUAAUUGUGAUCUCUUGGUGACAAACAGAUUUUUAUACAUCUUUUUUUAAUGUUUCUUUUUCCCUUCGCUGCAGUACUGGGCCUUCUCUGAUAUCCAGACAGGUAGAGUCCUCACCAAAGUCACUGAUGAAAGUGCUGGCUGUGGUAAGUGUCACUUAUUUGUGUAUUUUGUGGUUCAAGUAAAUGUGUUACAAUUUCAGGUAUGUAAUGUUUCUUCUUUCUUUUUUAAGCUCUCACCUGUGCUCAGUUCCACCCUGAUGGUUUGAUUUUUGGCACUGGCACGGCUGAUUCCCAGAUCAAGAUCUGGGAUCUGAAGGAGCGCACCAAUGUGGCCAACUUCCCUGGCCACUCUGGCCCUGUCACCUCAAUCGCUUUCUCUGAGAAUGGAUACUACCUUGCCACAGGUAGGAGACACUAACAACACUUACACUGUUGCUUCUUUCCUUUCAUAUGAAAGUGUUUGGUGUCUGCAGUAUACAAGUUUAAGGGAGUAUCAAAAAACACCCAUAUGUUCUUGAAAUACAGUCAAGAUCUUCAACUCAUGUUGUAGAGGAGAAACCAAGAAAGCAAGAAUUUCAUAAUCAAAUGACAUAUUCUUGAUGGCAUUACACACUGUACUUGGCUGUUCUUGUGCUCCAGGUGCCCAAGAUAGCUCUCUGAAACUGUGGGAUCUGAGGAAACUGAAGAACUUUAAGACCAUCACACUUGACAACAACUAUGAGGUAAGAAACUGAGUCAGCUUUUUGUCUAGCAGGAAUAAAAGGAAGUUUUGUGAAGUCAUUUUUUUACCCAGAGUGAGAAGAAAGGAUCAAUACUGUUCACAUUCAGGGUUUCCCCUGCAUGUAAUUGAUUGUGGCACACCACCAUGGCAAAAUAAAAGCCACCACACCUAAAAGAUCAGUUGUGAUUUUUUUUUUAUGUGGUGCACUUGUUUGCUGCACUGCAGGGGGCGCGCAUGCACAGAGUAGUAGCAAGUCGUCUGCAAUCACACAGCAUAUAUAUAUAUAUUUUUUUUCUGUUUCAGGUGAAGUCCCUUGUGUUUGACCAGAGCGGUACCUACCUGGCUGUGGGAGGUUCUGAUAUCCGUGUCUACAUUUGCAAGCAGUGGUCUGAGGUCCUCAACUUUACAGGUAAAAAGGGGGAAAAUACCCCCUAUCUCUUGAAAUUGUUAAACCAGAAUGAAUGUCAUUUGAUGUGAACUCAUGGAGGCAGCCCACCUGACCUUGAUUUUUCUUGUCUCUAAUUGCAGAGCAUACAGGAUUGGUGACAGGAGUGGCCUUUGGAGAACAUGCUCAAUUCCUGUCCUCAGCAGGAAUGGACAGAAGUCUCAAAUUUUAUAGUUUGUAGAAAAGGGUCAAUUUAGUGUGAAGGCAGGAAAAGAACAGAAAGGAUGAUUGAAAGUGACUGCGCUAUGUCUGGACAUUUGCUCUCCGAAACUGUGUCCCUAAGAAAAGAAGAAGAAAAAAAAAUCACAGCUGACUCCUCAUUAGUUUGUCUGUCCUUGUGUCUAGGAAAAUGAUCCCAUAAAACUGUCUACUAUAUAAAAAACCACAGCAGCAUGAUUAGCAUAAAGCAUAUGUCGGCUCUGUUUAACUAAAAUGUCAAUGAUGUGAAAUAACAUGCAAAAGCCAACUUACUCAAAAUUGUCAGCAAAUACUACUCUACUAUUGUAUUUUCUUCAGGGUGUAUGUGUAUGGGGGUUCUUAAGUUGAAAUACAGCUCCAAAUUGUAAGUACUGCGUGGAGUUGUAAGUGCUAUGACCAUAAUCUGUUUUGCUUCUUAUUGUAGAUCAGCCAGUAUCUUUAGUUUAAGUUGGAAAAAAAUGAUAACAGUACAACUUGGUUAAAAAAAAACAGGUGUACAAGAUCCUCUGUGAAAAAUACUUGUUUAAUCUCCUUUCAGUUUUAUUUCUUCUUUCAUUUGUUCCAUUCAAGUUAUUUUGCUUCUUUUUUUUUGACUGUAUAUUUCUCAUUGAUUGCUGUUUUAUCCUUGCAACUUUCCCCUUUUACAAUAAAAUACUUUUGUAUUUUAA